GCAAGUCUGUAUCGUCUCGAGUGUGAAAAUUGAAAAUAUAAAUAAUUUUCAUUGUGAGAUUUUAUCAUGUAAGUGAUGAGUUGUAAAGAAAAUGAAAGUGGGCCUUUUGUCGUAUUCUUCUUACCAGCGGUUGUUGGCUGUCUAACAAUACUCUUGGCUAGACGCUGGGCCACUUCCCAAGUUAGCAAUACAUCAACUGCGGUCUCUCGGCGCCGAAAGAUUAAUAAAGAUCCGAAUUUAAAGAGACCUCUACCUCUGAUCGCCACCAAAAUGGUUGCUCCGGGGGCGAAAAAGAGUUUUGGAAAUGCCAAAAAGGUAUCCCAAGGAGGAGCACCCCAAGUUUCCGAUGAGGAUAUCAAUGGAAAGCGUACAAGACCACACCUCUCACCAUCAUCAACUACCUCGGUGCGAGACGGCAAAUUGGCGGCAAACCCAUUGCCGCCAAAACACAUACCCUUCCCAAACAUACCACAGGAUGGUGAAGUGCUAUUUGAGAUUAUGUCCUUCAUAUUCACCAUAGUGGCAAUGGGGCUGCAGUUUUUGAAUCUUUAUAGGACAAUGUGGUGGCUUCCCUACUCCUUCACAUCAGAUGCCAUGAAUUUCUACCUCAUUGAUACACACUUAGCGACAUUCAUCUUGAUAGUUCUUUGUCGGAGGCUACUUCUAAGCUUGAGCCUUGCAUUUGUCAGAAGUUGCUGUGAUUUCUCACCGAGUACAAUGCUAUAUGUCACAGUUGUUGUUCGGAUGUCCGUUCUAUGGGUGAUACUUGGCGCCAUGGCGUGGUGCGCGUAUUUCAUCAUGGUCAAACACUCGCCGAUCAAGAUAGUUUAUUUGUGCUACCCGUCAUUAAUAUACUUCAUACUGUUCGGCAUGACGGCGGGACCAUUCCUGGAGCUCCACAAAACGAGCGCUCUCAUGAUGCACAGCUGCUCGCACGAUCCUGAACACAUCCGGAGAGAAGUAGAAGUGUUGCGGCACGACUUCAACUCGCGGGUCAAGAAGAUACUCUUCAACUCCGUAUUGGGAGCGUAUUGUAGCAGUUUUCUGCCAUGCUGCUUUGCACAGUCGUACCUGCACUACGACGCGGCGGCGGCGGCACAGCAGAUGGGGUUGGUGUGGGGCGCACUGUGCUGCCGCUACGUGGCACAACUGCUGCCCGCGGCGCACGCGGACGCGCCGCACCGCGCCGCCAAGCACCUGGGCCGCUGGACGCCGCUGGCGGCGUUACCACCGCACACGAGUGACGUGGGCGAGUGGUCGGACAGCAAGUGGUGGCGGAGUGGUGACCGCGUGCGCGUAGCGGGCUGCGUGUACGAGGCGAGCGCGCCGCUAGUGUGCGCACACCCUACCAACGUGCACCACAUACGCUUCUAUUCUGUGUUCAACAACCCGUCGAAGUUGCUGUGCCUACUUCUAUGCCUGCAACUAGCGCUAGUGGGGAUGCAAUUGUGCCUGCUAUUCAGCUCGUUCGCGUGGCACAACUUCUUAGCAGUGCUCAUCCUACUAUUCGCUAACUACUACACACUAUACAAGAUGCUCCGCGACUAUCUUGUCGCGUGGAGAGUGUAUAAAGCAGAGACGUUGAUACAAGAAAAAAAUUACUCGACGUAAGCUACUAACUAAAAUAAAAUUAAGAGGAAUGUACAUCGUACGGUACUUCGGUUGUACACCGAUGUCUAAACUAAAUUAAACUGUCUAAUGGCCGUCACUAAAACUAGGAGACGUAAAACGACAAAAAGAAUAUCGAUAUAUCGGCAUGUACUCGUACAUACACAGUUUAUCAGUGAAUUUUAUACCAAAUCCAAAAUAAAUGCCAUAAUAUGGAUGACCAAAACGCGAAAACUGUAGAUUUGUACAAACCCAAAAAAAAAACAAACAUCUGUGCCAAAAAAAAAAUACAUUGUCGGAAUAUAAUAUGAAAUCGUUUAUUUUUUAGCUUUACGGUUUCCGUAAAAUUGCCAAAGAAUUAUUAAAAUCGGUUAAACGAUUUUCUAUUUUGCGGUAGGUCGUUUUUCAGUAAAAAUGCCGAAAAACUUCGUAUCUUAUUGUGUACUAUCCUUUUUUACUGGGAAUUUUUAGUCAUUUAAAUUUUUUUAAUAUUAGAAACACGUGUACAGCCGAAGUGUUAUUUUUUUGUUAUUACAUUGACGUAUCUCCCGCGCAUUCUGCCGUAAGUAAUUAUUUUCGCGGAUUACUCGUUGGUUUAAAUUGAAUCUUGCUGUAAAGCAUCAGGGAUAUUGCAGAAACCUUCCGCAUUAAAAUUAAAAAUGUAGUAUUUUUUUUAGAAAAGCUACCUUUGCGUUUUCUUUUGAUACAAAGUUUCGUUUAAAUUUGAUCUUCCAGUCGCGUUGCAAGUCGCAACCUUAUUGGCUUCAUAAUAAGGAUGCAUUUUUAUCGGUAUUUUAUUGGUCUAAAUAGUGUACGGGGAAUUCCCGCAGGCUGGGUAAGUGACCAAUGAAAUUCAUUAAUACGAGUAAUUGCAUUAUCGACCAAUAAAGAUGUUAUACCGAAUGCAAGUUGUGACGACCUACCUGGCGCAGUGGUGAGCGCUAUGGUUUUAAGUAAGAAGUCCCGGGUUCCAUCCCCGGCAAGGCAAUUUAGGAAUAUUGGAUAGAAGCAGGCGUUACUACCUAAAUUGCCUUAUUAAAAUUAAGCUUAA